AUGAAGCUGAACCUGAAGGAUCUGGCCUUAGGUGGAGCUACUGAUGGAAUCAGCAGCUCCCAAAACUGUGGGUCUGUUGCUUUGAGGAUUGUGAAAGGAGUGGCAUAUCAUGCAUGGUUUCUCCUUCUUGCCAUUUCUUUGCUGAUCAUCUCCAGAGAUUUUCUGACAAACCACGAGGAGAAUCGCUGUGCUAUGACGUUCAUGUAUGAGCAUCCCCAGUAUAUUAAGCAGAAGGUUCCAAAUAUUGAUGGACGAAUAUCACAGUAUGGCCUUUAUGUCUAUGGUGAAGGAGUGCAGGCAGAUUCCCUUAGGAUGGGAAUCUUCACAGGCAUACCAAUCUUGUUCAUCCCUGGUAAUGGUGGAUCUUACAAGCAAGUGAGAUCUGUGGCUUCAGUGAUGUAUAGGAAGCACCUGGAGAAAUUCCCACGAGUUCACUUUGACUUCUUCACUGUUGAUUUCCAAGAGCACCUCAGUGCUCUGUAUGGGCCAGUGUUGGAAGAUCAGAUUGCCUUUAUUCAAGAAUGUAUAAAGAGGAUUAUUUCCCUGUAUCCAGAAGACAGGAAGCCCACUGGAAUUCCCAUCAUUGCCCAUUCCAUGGGAGGCAUAGUUGCCAAAGGAGUAUUACUGAAAGAGAACUUCCCAUCUACUCUCAUCCCAGUCAUAUUAACUCAGGCAACCCCACACAUCACUCCAAUUGUCAAAACAGAUUUUUACAUGGCCAAAAUGUACAAUUUGCUGAAAGAAUUGAACAUAAGUCUGCUGAAGGUAAAUGUGGUUUCAAUCAUGGGUGGCUUCCGUGAUAUCCAGGUUCCUUCUCAUCUUGGAGAACUUGGUAAUAGCUCCAUAUAUACUGUGAGUACAGGUGUUCCUUCAGUUUGGAUGUCCACUGAUCACCUGUGCAUAGUUUGGUGCAAACAACUUGUCCUGGUCCUUGCCCGUGCCCUCUUUGAUAUUGUGGAUCCUGUAACGAGGCAAAUCUCCUCUAAUUACACUUUCCGCAAUCAAGUGUUUUACUACCAUUUCAUUCAUAGAUCUGCAGGGAAGCGUUUUACUACAUCGGCACACCCCAAAUCAGUCAUGUUGAAUCGAGAUGCAAAAUGGGUGGAGCUCUCUGUCCAGCGAACCUGGACCUAUAACUCAAUGUCAUCAAAGACUCACACCUACCUCCUCCUUCCUUUGUAUGCUGAUCAAAAAUAUGAGUUGAGUACCAUUGAGGCCAUUCAUCAUGAGGAAAGGGACUGGAUAUUUGUCUGCAAGGCUUACAUCCCUUAUCAAGGCCAACGGAUUUGUGAUGGAGAAGCAGAGAACCUGUCAGACAAGGGAAGUAUUAUUCCUUCACUUAUGGGGAAGAGGAAGCUAGUUCACUUGAAUCUCCAUGAACUGAAGAAUGCCAACUGGACACAUGUCAUCAUCUCUAAGCCUGCUUCUUCAAGAGCAGGAAUUAGAGGGGAGGUGUAUGGAAGAGAGGAGCGGUUUCAAAUGAAAUAUGUCUCCUUCUGGAAAGCAAUGUUGCCAGGAUACCACUCAUUCCUGCAAAUGCAUGAGGAACACAACAUUUUCUUCAAUGUCUCCCUUGUUGGAUUUAGACAUUUCUGGGAAGUCUAUGCCAUCUCCUGGGAGGCUUUUGACUGCUUAGACAAGGAUGAGCUAAUGGCCUCUCUGGCUCAAUUCCAUGUGCCUUGGUCCCAUGAGGAUACUUAUUUUCAUCUGGUGGGAAGAAGUGGAUCCUUCUCACUGAAGCUUCAGUCUAUUGGGAACCGUCCUGCUGGGGUCUGGCCUCAACUCCAUAUCCUUCUUCGCUCUCACUGCAAAUUCUCUUUCAGGCUGAGAAGCUCCUUGAUUGAGAGUGGAGGGCAGGUGCUACGUGUUCAUUGGCCUCAUGUGCUUGUAUACAUCCUCUUGAGUGCAUGCUUGGCCUUGAGGAAACAGCUGAAGAGUUUGGCAGAAGGGAAGCAUCCCAUCUCACUUCAUGUUGCUCUCCUGAACAGUGAUGGCCUCCUCCUUCUCAUUCUUCCCUCACAAAUCAUCUCAACCAUAUACUUUGAGCAAAGCAUAGUGGAAGGAAUUGAACAUGGGAUCCUCCGACUUUUCUUCUGUGCCAUUGGACAUUCCCUUGCCUACAUUUUAUCAUAUGGUCUGUGGGCUGCUGUGUUUUUCCAUGGCAACACUGUUAACUCUCUCUUCAGAAAAAUGGUGGGAAGAUUGGGAAGAUCAUCACUGUUGGAGGAAUUGUUGCCAGAGGCUGUGAACUCUGUGCCCAUUGUCCUACCUGCAGGUCUACUGUUUUUGGCCUUCAUGACAUCUGGCAGCUUUGCUCUCUUCCUCAGUCUUCUCUUCUAUAUCUCCAAGCUGUGGAGAUACCAUGAGAUGUAUUUGGAGGCACUUCUGCAGGAGAGAGAUAAAAGUGCCUUGGAUGCCAUGUUAGGGGAGUUCAACUUCCACCUCUGUCUCUGUCUCCUCUGGACCCUGAAUACGUUCCUCGUCUCCCCAUCCCUUGUCUUCUGGGCCAUCAAUCUUAAGGGAGGAAUUCAGCUCAGGCCAGAUCCUGCCUUUCUGAUCUCACUUACAUUCAUUUCAUCCCUUGUCUUCCUCUGGAGAGAUGGCACUCCUUCCAUGUCACCGUAA